CGGAGCUGAAUCAAUCGCUCGGCUCUGCGCAGUGCUCUGCGCUGCUCCGGCCCUGCUUGCAGCCUCUCGCGCUGUCUCGCUCUGCGCUUGCUCUGCCGCGUCCGCCCUCCUCGCCCUCGGCACCCGACACUCCCUCCAGCAUACCCGAUCAUCCACCUCACCACCUCCACUGGGGAUCUACGACGCAUCGCUCACGUCUCUCUCGCCUCGCUCCUCCAGCAUGCUCGGCACGGAAGGAAGAGAAAGAGUGAGGGUGCAGGAGCGGCACCGCAAGCUUCGGCGCCUCUGCACUGCUCGCCGCCGUCUGCCGCGUCGCUGCUCAAGCGUCCGCUUCCCUCACUGCACACACGUCUCCCUCUCUCCCUUCGCUGCCCACCUCCACUCUCCCUCUCUCUCCACCUGUGCCACCGCGCGCCUGUCCCUCUCUCUGUUGUCGCUUCGCGCCCGCUCGUCCCCCCCUCUCUCUCGGUUGCCCCCCCCCCCCCAAACGACCUGUUCUAUGCUACCUCUCAUCUCACCAUUACUACGUCCCCUGUUUCCCUCUCGGCCCCUCCGCGCGCGUGUGUGGGGUGUGGAUGUGGCAUUGCGGUGCUUUGUAGAGUGUCGCCUCGGGAACUUUUUGCUGCGCCUUUGCGAGCAGCCAAGGCAAAUGGACGACGCCGUUGCGUGCAGCGCCAGUCUAGUGCGAGCAGCCAUGAGGGCAUGCCAUACAAGCGCUUCGGCCACAGCGCAUGCAGCAAGCAGCGGCCAGGAGCCGUCGAGUCACGCCCUCCGUCGGCGACACAGGUGCAGGGCAGACGCACGAUGCUGCAGAUGGAGCCACGCCGCUCACGGACCUCUCUCCGCGGCGGCUUCGUCUUCUUGCUCCCUCCUCUUCCCUCUCGUCAAAUUCGUAAAUCUAGCGCGCCUUGAAGUCGAUUCUUGAAGUCGCGCCUGCGCCGCGGCCGCACUUCCGUCUCGCCCUCAACGCGUGGGAACACACGGCUUGGCUGGACGGCAAGCGCGGAAGAGGCGGACGCUGCGCCGCGGUGCGCUCUCCGUGCCGCCUGCGCUGAGCGCGGCCGCGAGCUCCAUGGGCGCGCCCAGGGGGCGAUAGGCACGUUUGGCAGGCACGGGCAUGCGGCGCACACGGCGCGCAGCGAG